UAAAGCAUACUAAAUUAGAACUUGAAAGUUGCUAAAGAUACCAAUUGAUGUAGAUCACAAUUAUUGAGCCAAAACCCUAAAUCCCCAAAACUCUCUGUUCUUCUUCUUCAUCAUUUUCCAUGGCUGCAAAAAUUCAACCAUUUUUACCUUCACUGUCAAUUCAAACUCCAACUUCAAAACCCAAACCCCGCUCACUUACCAUCUCAGCUUCCAAUUCCAACUCGACCCACUCAUCCAUCGCCGGCCGCAAGCUCCGCGCGGCGGUGAUCGGAGGAGGCCCAGCUGGAGCCUCUGCUGCGGAGGCUCUAGCCACCGGCGGCAUCGAAACCUUCCUGUUCGAGCGCAACCCGCCGUCGGUGCCGAAGCCAUGCGGCGGCGCCAUCCCUCUUUGCAUGCUCGAAGAGUUCGACAUCCCUCACCACCUCAUCGACCGCCACGUCACCUCCAUGCGCAUCUUCUCCCCCUCCAACAUCGCCGUCGACUUCGGCAAAACGCUGAAACCGCACGAGUUCAUCGCCAUGGUCCGCCGCGAGGUCCUCGACUCCUUCCUCCGCUCACGCGCUGUCUCCUCCGGCGCCACCCUCGUCUCCGGCCUCGUCACCAGCUUCGACCUCCCCUCAACCCCUAGAUCUCCCUACACCGUGCACUACACCGCCGACAAAAACUCCUCCCGCCGCUCCCUCGCCGUCGACGUCGUGAUCGGCGCUGACGGCGCCAACAGCCGCGUCGCGAAGUCCAUCUCCGCCGGCAACUACUCCACCGCGAUCGCGUUUCAGGAGAGAAUCAAACUCCCCGACGAGAAAAUGGCGUAUUAUGAAAAUCUCGCCGAGAUGUAUAUCGGCGAUGACGUGUCCCCCGAUUUCUACGCUUGGGUUUUCCCCAAGUGUGACCACGUGGCGGUGGGCACUGGUACAGUGCGGUCGAAGCAGGAUAUAAAAAAGUUCCAGAGAGGGAUCAGGGAGAGGGUGAGAUCCAAAAUCAACGGUGGAAAAGUGAUCAAGGUUGAGGCCCACCCAAUUCCGGAGCACCCGCGUCCGGUUCGGGUCAGGGGACGCGUGGCACUUAUCGGAGACGCCGCGGGCUAUGUGACGAAGUGUUCGGGUGAGGGAAUCUACUUUGCGGCGAAAUCGGGUCGGGUUUGUGGGAAUGCUGUCGUUAAAGCUUCGGAGGGAGGGGAGAGGAUGAUUGACGAGCGUGAUCUAAUGAGGGAGUAUCUUAAGGUGUGGGAUGCGGAGUAUGUUACCACGUUUAGGUUUUUGGAUUUGUUGCAGAGGGUUUUCUACGGUGGGAACGCGACUAGGGAGGCUUUGGUGGAGCUGUGUGGGGAUGAGUAUGUGCAACGCAUGACGUUUGAGAGUUACUUGUAUAAGAGGUUGGCACGUGGGAACGUGUGGGAUGAUGCUAGGCUUGUAAUGAACACUAUUGGGAGCUUGGUGAGGUGUAGGGUUUUAGGAGAACACAUGGAAGGUUUGAAUGAAGCUUCUAUGAUGUGGAUGCCAUGAUUAUCACCAUGUUUGCUUAUGCAAUUGAAAGUUCUAUAAUGGCUUUUAGGAUGAAGCAUGUUUGGUUUGGUGUUGGUCCAAACGCAAAUGUGAUUUCACAUAUUUUAAGGUGUAAGUGUGUAAUAGAGAAGUUAUAAUUUAUCAUGUUGAGUUUAACGUAGAUUGGGAAUCAAGAUUUUACAAUGUUGAGCUCAAUGGAAAUUUAAACACGCACAAAAUGUAGCUUCUAGGGUUGUAGGGUUGUUGUAUUUUUAGUUGUGUCCAUAUGGACAAUUCAAACACACUAGAUUAUGAUUUGUUUGUUUUUCAA